UAUUUGUAUUUAUUGUGUGGGUUUCCCCCUGAGCGUUGACAGGAACUUUAUUUUCCUUUUUUCUUUCCAUUGCUAGCCAGUAUUAGCCGGGUAAGUUAGCGCAUUUGCUUGUUAGCUAGCGUUUUGUAUUGGCUAAUCACCUCACACAGGCUGGCACUGUCACAGAAUGAACUUGGUAUUCUGCGUGGAGACGCAGCUCCAUACCAACAUGAUGGAAAAGUACAGGAAAAACAGGGCUCUGUUAACACUGUCUAGCGCCAACCCCGCAGGCUUUAGUACGAAUAGCAAUGUUUGUCUUUAAAGGGGUACUUGCUUCAUUUCCAUCCAUCCUUUACAUUCGCACUUGGAGCAGCUGCUGAGCCGAAUGAGACAUUUGCCCCACGUCUUCUUUCCACAUCUGCCGGCACGAGGGAAUAAAACCCUUAUCUUUUCCAGUAUAGCCCACGGGUGUUUAAUAGAGCUGUUUGGCUCAGUAGAAGCCUGUCAGGGAGAGUGCAUGGUGAGAGGAUACUAGUGGUUACAAAAGACAUGCUGCCAAGGUGGAGAAAUGACAACUGAAGGAAAGACUAUAAAGGACAUCAACUCGUCUAUCCUGCCAGUGCAUAGAGAGCAUUGACUAUCUAAAAAAAAAUGAACUAUCAUGGCCAUGUUCCUGCUGACAAGUCACCCUGUUACUGAGGGAUCUCUGCCUCUUUUGGUUUCUGGACCUACCAAAGCAGGGAUGAGAUAAUAAAGUUAACCAGUCGGUGCAUGCCGCUACAGCAACCCGUGGCACCUGUGAAACCCACCUUACCCCAUCCCUAGUAAAGUCAAUUUCAAACGGUCAAAAGAUGACAACGCCGGCUCUACUACCGCUGUCGGGCCGCAGGAUACCCACUCUGUCGCCGGGUGCCUCCUCCUUCCCGCACCAUAGGGCCACGUUGAGGCUCUCUGAGAAGUUCAUCCUCCUCCUCAUCCUCAGUGCCUUCAUCACCUUAUGCUUUGGGGCCUUCUUUUUCCUCCCAGAUAAUUCCAAGCACAAGCGCUUUGACCUGGGCUUGGAGGAUGUGCUUAUCCCUCAUAUUGACACACCCAAGGAGGGCAAGCACGCCUCAGGACAGGUGAUCAUACAUGGACAGGGAGGACACGAUGAGCACAGACACAGGGAAGAGGAGGAGAGCCUGCGGGAUAAGAUCCGUGCAGACCACGAGCGAGCACUGCAGGAGGCAAAGGAGAAGCUGCGAAAGUCACGUGAGGAGCUCAAGGCCGAGAUUCAGACGGAGAAGAACAAAGUGAUGGAGGACCUGAAAAAGAAGGACGUAGGGCCCAAACCGUUGCCGCCGGUACCCAUGCCUAAGGUGGUGGGCGUGAGCGACGGCGAGCCCCCAGAACCCGACGUCAAAGAGAAACGAGACAAGAUAAGAGAGAUGAUGAAACAUGCCUGGGACAGCUACAGACAGUACGGCUGGGGUCACAACGAGCUAAAGCCCAUCGCCAAGAAAGGACAUUCCACAAAUAUCUUUGGUAGUUCUCAACUGGGGGCAACCAUCGUGGAUGCAGUAGAUACUCUGUACAUCAUGGGUCUGCACGAGGAGUUCAAGGAUGGCCAGGAGUGGAUUGAACAGAAUCUGGACUUCAGUGUGAAUGCUGAGGUGUCAGUGUUUGAGGUCAACAUUCGGUUCAUAGGAGGAUUGCUGGCUGCCUACUACCUCUCUGGACAGGAAGUUUUCAAACUGAAGGCAGUCCAGCUAGCUGAGAAGCUGCUUCCUGCCUUCAACACCCCCACUGGUAUCCCCUGGGCCAUGGUCAACCUUAAGAGUGGGGUCGGCCGUAACUGGGGUUGGGCGUCAGCAGGCAGUAGCAUCCUGGCUGAGUUUGGGACCCUCCACAUGGAGUUUGUUCACCUCACCUACCUGACAGGAAACCCAGCCUACUAUCAGAAGGUGAUGCACAUCCGAAAGCUACUAGCCAAAAUGGACCGACCCAACGGGCUCUACCCAAACUACCUGAACCCCCGGACGGGCCGCUGGGGCCAGCAUCACACGUCUGUUGGAGGACUCGGGGACAGUUUUUAUGAGUACCUGCUGAAGGCUUGGCUCAUGUCAGACAAGACUGACACAGAGGCUCGCAAGACCUACGAUGACGCCAUCGAGGCCAUCGAGCGCCACCUCGUACGCAAAUCCAACGGUGGCCUAACAUUCAUUGGCGAGUGGAAGAAUGGCCACUUGGAGAGGAAGAUGGGCCACCUGGCCUGCUUCGCCGGAGGCAUGUUUGCACUGGGCGCCGAUGGCUCACCUGACGACAAGGCCGGACACUAUUUGCAGCUAGGAGCUGAGAUCGCGCACACCUGCCACGAAUCCUAUGACAGGACAGUGCUGAAGCUCGGCCCAGAGGCCUUCAAGUUCGACAGCGGCCUGGAGGCGGUGGCUGUUCGGCAGAAUGAGAAGUACUACAUCCUGCGGCCGGAGGUCAUCGAGACCUACUGGUACAUGUGGAGGUUCACCCAUGACCCCAAGUACCGACAGUGGGGCUGGGAAGCAGUACAGGCCAUUGAUAAGUACUGCAGGGUGAGUGGAGGUUUCUCGGGGGUGAAGGACGUCUACUCAUCCAAUCCAACCUAUGACGACGUGCAGCAGAGCUUCUUCCUGGCUGAGACACUCAAGUAUCUGUACCUGCUGUUCUCCAGCGAUGACCUGUUGCCCUUGGAGAACUGGGUUUUCAACACGGAGGCUCACCCACUGCCAGUCCUCCACCUGGGAAACAUCACCCUGCCCGGCAGCGAGCCCGCUCAGCGGUAAACGGGCUGGCACUUUUUUUGUGCACCACGGCACCAGGGGCCUGUUUGCCUGCCUACCCAGAAAAACCCACCCACGAACACCAGACAAACUUACAAUUCAGACUCUCAACUGAUUUCUAACUGAGACCAUCAACCCGGGGGGUGGGGAGAGACCACUACAGAGCGAGAGGACCUGUUACUUUACUCGCUCUACUUCUAUGUUUUACUCUUUGACUCUGUCGAUCUGUCUUCUCUGCUCGAAUCUUAAGGAUGGUGGGUGUGCUGCUCAGCCUCGUGUUUGGCUUGAAUCGACUCUUUUUACUGAAGGACAGAGCUCCAAACCAGAGGCGUGAUUAGCUUUUUUUUGUUAUCACUUUUAGUCUUUAUUUGAAGAAACUCCAAUGCAGACUCAAGCUGACACGCUGACAGCUGACUAUGAAGGAUUACAAAAACACUUUGACACUUAAACUGAUGAAAGUGUCAUGUUUUGUUUUGUUUUGUUUCCAAGCAGACAGACUUCAGGACUUUACAGGGUCUGUUAACACAACCGUUUUUUUCUUUCUUUUCCUUUUGGACAAAUCAAUAUUGGGGACACAGGGUUGAAUCACAGCCCUCAGCUUCUCCCACCCAAAUCCACUUCCUGUUUAACCUCCAUCGGAUGAACUUCAACCCGGAACUGCUAGCAGAUGGACACAUCAUCAAAGCGAGGGCAGUUUGUGGCAGUGGUCACCGCCUCCUCUGAUCCUCGGUUUUCAGAAAAACUGGCCAUCAUAAGUGGAAGAGUAAUUAGACGGGGACUACAGGAGGCCUCCCCUUUUCUCACCACUCCACAUGUGUCCUGAUCCUCUUCCAUGUAGAGACACAGCCGCAGCUUUCCCCUCCUUAAAAAAACGUUCUGCUGCUAUAGGAUUCAAUGCUGCUUUUUCUUCUUUUUAAAUCUCUGUCCUUCACAUUUUCCCCCAUCAUCUCACAGCUUCUGUAAACCUUUGUCUCAUCUUAUUUUCCAGCUUUUCAUCAAUCAGGCACAUUAUGUUCAGGCCCUUACGUUUUGUGAUGGGGUAACCAUGCUUUAUGUAUAGGAAUGUUUGUUUUGUGGUUAAUAUGAAACCUGGUGAAAAUCAUUUAUUUGCAUUUUUAAUGGGAAGACUAUGAAGAAGAGGUUGGUAGAGGAGUGGCACUGAGAAGGGUGAAUAAAUUUAGAAUACCU